AUGCAACACAAGACUCUAAGAGAAUUGCAGGGCUCCAAACCUGGAUACACUGCACCCUACCCUACAACCAUGGUAAAGGUCAAUGUUGUGAAAGUAGGGCAUACAACCACUUUCACUAACAGCAGUGGAGAGAAAGGACAGAUUAUAAAUUUCAGUGUAGCUGAUACCACUGAGGCCAUGGUGGCAACUUUAAGUGAUGAAUCCAAAUUCAACCAGAUCAGAGAAGGGCGAUCUUUAACCAUCAGAAAUUUUCUAGUUAAAGGAAGUCGACUUGUCCUCUCCAAGCAGUCUAAAAUUAUGGCAGGUCAGGCUGUGCCAGUUCCACCCACCCUAGCUGCAAAGGGCAUCACACAUAUCAUGCCGCCAUCCCCAACAAAGAGUUUGAAAGAAGUGCUGCAGGCCCUAAUCAAAUCGCUACUGACAGUUCAGGGAGAAGUUAUUAAGGAUGAGGCACUAAAAACCGUGCAGGUCAGUCAAGUUGAGACCAAAGUCAGAACUCUGACUAUUCAAGAUAACGAAACGCAAGUGGAACUGACUCUCUGGAGGGAAUUAGCCAACCAAACCAUAACAAUCGGGAAUUACAUAGAAGUGAUCCAUUGCAUAGUUGUUGAAUGGCAGCGAAGAAAAACUCUAAAUUCCACCAGAAACACAGCAAUUAAGAAGAUACAGCCUCGUGAGAGACAGGUGAUUGGGGAAGUUGAAGCCAUUUCCUUUGGGGACACCACAUGUGAAGUCUGCCUUCUUGAAGAUGCUGUGUAUAGGGAUUAUGUUGUAGACAUAAGCAUGAUUAGGGCCCAGCUACAAAGAUUUGGAGAUGUGUCGCAGUACACAAAUCAACAGAUGGAAGACGUUAUUGUGCAGAAUUUGCCAUUCCCAGUGAAACUUACGGCCAUCGGAAUGACUGUCCAGAGCAUUGAACUUUAA